AUGGACAAAUCGGUGAUUAAGGGGUUGAAUGAUAAGAUAUAUGAGAAACGAAAGGCAGCAGCGCAACAAUUGGAGAAAAUUGUAAGGGAGUGCGUUGCCAACGAGGAUCAUAAAACUAUUGAUAGGAUCAUUGAGGAACUAUAUCGCGAUUACGCAUAUGCGUUGCAUCAGCCGAUGGCUAGAAAUGCAGGUUUAAUGGGUCUUGCAGCAGCAGCAAUUGCCCUAGGUAACAAGUAUGCUGCUAGUUACUUGAACAAAAUUCUUCCCCCUGUAUUGGCUUGUUUUGGUGAUCAAAACGAUCAGGUUCGUUUUUAUGCAUGCGAAAGCUUGUAUAACAUUGCAAAGAUAGCAAAGGGGGAUAUUUUGGUCUACUUUAAUGAGGUAUUUGAUGUGCUGUGCAAAAUUAGUGCGGACACAGAUACAUCGGUGAAGGGUGCAGCCGAAUUGUUGGACCGUUUAAUCAAAGAUAUUGCGUCCGAAUGUGCUUCCACGCAUGUUGCCGCUGUGAAUAAUGAUCCGAAAGAUACCCCAACGGCUACCACAACUGAACCCCAGACGGGUGAUGUGAUUCAGUUGGACCAAAGUAUUUAUCAACAAGAAGGAAGUGAACUUGCAUUUUCACUACCUGAUUUCAUCCCUCUGCUAUCAGAGCGCAUUCAUGCGAUAAACCCUGAUACCAGAAUGUUCAUGGUAUCUUGGCUACAGGUGCUUGAUAGUAUCCCAGAUCUGGAGUUGAUUACAUACUUGCCCACCUUUCUGCCCGGUUUAUUUACAUUUUUGGGAGAUUCUCUCAAUGAUGUGAGAGUGGUGACUUUAGCAUUGCUCAAUUCAUUACUACGUGAGGUUGAGCGUGUCGCCCAACUCCAGAAUUCACUUAAACUACAGGGAUUAGAAAUCCAUCAGACGUUAGAUGAAACUCCUAGCAAAAAACCUGAGGGUGUCCUUAUUGCAGAACGUAAAAAGACUCUGAUGAAUCAAUUUGAACAAUUGUCCGUAACGGAAAAUGUUAACGAAGUCCCAAAAGAAGUUGAGGAUGAUAUCUCCCAAAAUAACCUUCCGGACUCCGUUGCUAGUAGUGCCGAUCGGAUAAAAGCAUCCGAAUUUCGUAACGGUGAACUUUACCAUCCAGGUCAAGACGUGCAUCUAGAUUUCCCCAAAAUAAUUGAAAUCUUAAUUAACAACUUAAGCUGUGCUGAGCCAGAAAUUCAGUCCGUUGUUUUAAACUGGAUCCAAACAAUCUUGCGGAUUUCUUCUAAUGAUAUACUUCCGUUCCUGUCAAAAAUUCUAUCCGUGCUGUUGAAAAUUUUGAGUGAUUCAGAUCCAAGAAUUGGGGAAAUGGCUAGACAGGUAAAUUCUAGCCUUAUAGACUUGACCACGAAAUAUGAUACAACCGAUAAAAUAAACUACGGACCAAUUGUAAACACUUUGACUUUGCAUUUUUUGGAUAGCAAUGUUACUACCAAAAUUGCAUGUUUAGACUGGCUAAUUCUCAUUUACAACAAGGAUCCUCAACAGCUGAUUAAUCAUGAUGAAAGCACUCACCUCACUCUACUGAAAUCUUUGUCUGAUAAAGAUCCAAGAUUAAUUUCAAAGGCAUUAGAGCUAAUAAGCAACCUGUGCAAUGGUUCUGAUGAAGCAUACAUUAGAAAGUUCAUUACAAAUUUACUGAAACUAUUUAAGGAAAAUGAUACCUUAUUGAAGACUCGUGCAAACUACAUUAUCAGACAGUUGUGUGCGAAAUUGUCUGCCGAGAGAAUCUAUAAAACUGUAUCUUCGAUAAUUGAAAAUGAUGAUGACGUCAAUUUCGUAAGAAUGAUAAUUCACAGUUUAACCAUCAACUUGAUUACGACAUCAGAGUUGCAACCAUUACGCAAGAAACUAAGAAGUGGAGAAUAUUGGGCAUUUUUUGUGACUUUGUUCAAAUCAUGGUCCCAUAAUCCAAUUUCUUUAUUUUCGAUGUGUUUGGUUUCUGAGAAUUAUGGACUUGCAUAUUCCGUUUUACAAAUAUAUGUUGAUUAUGACUUAUCAGUGAACGAUUUACUGCAAAUCGAUAUUCUGGUUCAAUUUCUUGAAUCUCCAGUGUUCACUAGAUUACGCAUGCAAUUAUUAGAGCAUGAGAAAUAUCCAUUUUUGCACAAAUGUUUAUAUGGCAUCUUGAUGAUAUUACCACAGUCAAAAGCAUUUGAAAUACUAAAUGCUAGGUUGAAGAGCGUCAGCUGGUUGGCGAUUCAGGCGGUUGAUACGAAUUUAUUACAAAAACAAACUGAGAACCCUGGCCGUUCUAUUUCCCAAAACAGGGCACAACAUCAAAGUUUGCUGGAUCACUUUAAACAAAUUUGCGAAAAAGAAUAUCAGCAAACGGCACAAAGAACAUCCUAUGAUGAAAACGUUGUCGAUUUUAAAGACGUUUUGUCCCGUCAAACAAAUUUUGAUAAUACACCUAAAUUGAUCAUAAACGAUCAGGAUAUAAGACGUGAAGCUAAUAACGUUGAACCAGUACUGUAUUCAGCAGCAGCUAGCAGCAACGUGGUGCCUAAACUAUCUGCAAUGGAUAAUUUGAAUGAAAGUUGA